UUUGAAAAAAAUCGCACAAACUGUAACACCUAAAGCAACAUGAAAUUUGUGCACACUUUUCAUUUUUCAUUAAUUUUCUGUGUGAAUGCAAUAACUUACGAAAAUAAUGCUUGCACUAAAUUAGACUCCUAUCCUGUGAAAGACAUAAGUUCGGAUUGUUUUUACAACCCCAACGUUUUGGCAACAACGCCAAUUAUGAUACUUCAAGAUGGUUAUGAAGUGUUCACUUAUUACGUUGUAACUCCAGAUGGUUACGUCUUGGAAAUAUUUCGCAUACCACCAAAGGAAGAUGAUAAUAGAAAAAAUAAGCAACCUGUUGUUUUAGAACAUGGAAUUUUUGUCGAUUCAGGUACUUGGGUUUUUACGGGGAAUAAAUCAUUAGCAAUAACACUCGCAUCAAUGGGUUAUGAUGUUUGGUUAAGUAAUCAACGGGGAACUCGUUAUUCGCGCACCCAUAAAACACUUAACUCCGCAGGGUAUGAUUAUUGGCUUUACAGUAUAGAUCAGGUUGCAGCUAACGACAUACCCACGAUUUUAGAAAAAGUUGCACUAGAAACUAAGAAAUCUGGUUCCAUUAUUUACAUCGGACAUUCAAGAGGAACCACCUUGAUUUUUAUGUAUGCUUCAACAUUUCCGGAAAAAACACAAAAAUUACUAAAAGGCAUCGUUGCUUUAAGUCCUAUAGCUUAUUUAGAUUUGGUUUGGUAUCUUAAACUAUUGGGCAAAUUGGGACCUCUGAUUGGUAACAUUCUCUUAAAACUUGGACUCCCAGUUAUUAACAGAUAUGCAGAAAUAACAAUAAAUUUGUUGCAGCAUAUUUGCAGGUGGGUUCCACGUUUGUGUAAGUUUGCGGCAACAUUAGGUUCAGGCAGAAGUAAUCACCUAUCUCCGGAAGAUUUAUUAGCUUUCUUUUCCCUUUAUCCCUAUAGUAUCGCAGUCAUGCAGUUAAUACAGUAUGCACAAAUGUAUAAAGCUGGAAAAGUACAAAAAUACGACUAUGGUCUGAAAAAUCAAGAAAUAUACCAACAAGCAACACCACCGCUUUAUGAUUUAUCGAAAAUUAAAACACCGGUUUAUAUGUUUUAUGGUAAACACGAUAUUUUAUUCAAAACUAAGCAUGUUGAAAAAUUGUAUAAUGAACUUGGAAGCGAAAAGAAAAAUUUUACAAGCAUUCCCACUUUUACUGAUGAAGAUGACGAACAGUUUGGUCACAAUGAUUUUAUUUGGACAAAGGAUUUGGAUAAGUAUUUCUACAAAGACCUGUUUGCUGUGUUGGAAACUGAACUAAGUACUUAACUCUUUAAACUAAUUUACAAUGCAAUGUUUACCAAUGUACAAAAUAUAUUAUACUCAUAA